AUGCCUGGAGUGGUCUUAGGCAGCAGCUAUCCCGACUUUUGUAGUCAAAGCUAUCGGCGCGGAGGAGAGCCUUUCCAUGGUUCUCACCACACGAACAACCAGCAGCCAGCAACGUCUACAGCGACUAUCGGAAACAGCUACUCCUCAUCAUCCUCCGCGAGUACGAGCUUAGGCUUGUACAAUCAUCGAGCAACUGAGCAGGACAAAACCAACACCAUUGCCCCCCAUCUUCAGAUUCCGGAAUCCGUAAACAAGAGCAAAGGCAGUUUGGCAGAGUUUACGGCCGAGAUUACCUGUCUCUUCUGGUUCGAAGAUGCCAGCACUCUCCAAUAUGCAGAGGAUCUGCCAAUUGAUGCUCCAGUCAACAGAGGAUUAUCGUCGGACGCUACCCCGACCAUUGGAUUUCGAAAGUGGGUGACCACGAUCAUCAGCACUACCCAAGUGGGAAGAAACGUCAUUUUGUUGGCCCUGAUGUUCAUCUAUCGCCUCAAACGAUUCAAUCCGACCGUCAGUGGCAAGCGUGGCAGUGAGUUUCGACUCUUGACAAUUGCGUUGAUGUUGGGAAAUAAGUUCUUGGACGACAACACCUACACGAACAAGACGUGGGCAGAAGUAUCGGGCAUUUCAGUUAACGAGAUUCACAUCAUGGAGGUGGAAUUUCUGAGCAACAUGAGAUAUGCGCUUUAUGCCUCAGCCGAAGAGUGGGUCGAGUGGAAGGCCAAAUUAGGCAGGUUUGGCGCAUUCUACGACAAAGCCUCGCGAAUGCCCUCCACGGACGAGGUCAAUGGCCCUGCACCAGUCACACCAACCUUGCAGAGCUUCUCUCACAAGUUGCCUUCACCGCCGUCGCACCAUCACAGCAUGAGCCCCUUCGGUUCCGCCCCUCCAGCGUCUCUCAAUGGUCAGUAUCCUAAGUUGCCGCAUCCUCUACCAAGUGCGUCUCAGUUCGCAAACUCCCCUCUGCGGCAACAAGAGCCGGCUCCCAACUUUCCCCACCAAGGGCGGAAGAGAAGCCUAGACACAACCUCCGACUUGCCACCUGCGAAGCGGGCACAUUAUUCUGCGGUACCACCGAGCCAUGGUGGAAGUCUUCUCAACCCUCUCCCAUACCCGCCCAACGGCCUCCGAACUGCAUCGAGCAACUUCAACAACACGCCGGAGUCUGUACCAGCUUCAACGUCAUCUGAACUUCGAAGAUUAGAGAUUCCAAGAAUACCGACAUCAAUGGCCCUCCAAACCGGCCAACUGGCUCCGCUGUCAGUCCCCGUCAGCCGAGCGAUGUCGAGUGUAUACCCGAACGUCAACAACGUCUACUCAAACCCCUUGACGCCGGUGUCCACAACGCCUCAGAACCUUUUUCAAAAUCCCAUCCCAAGUCUGGGAGAUGGUGCUCGGCCGAUGGCCUCUUAUCCAUCAAGCCAAGCGUCACCCUCAGACGGUUUCAAUUCUCUCAGUCCUGCACCCACCGGCCUUUCGCCUUCGUACUUUUUGACGCAUCGGUCAUCUCCUUACCGGCCCGUUCGGCAUGUCAAUACACUGCUGUUCCCUCCUCCUUCAACUGCGCUUCAGCUCCCUGUUCGGAACAUUCCAUCUGACCACAUCCACUAUCAGCCCUUGAGCAAAACCGCCACUGAGCCUCGAUCUGGUCCGGUGCCGUUUAUGCAACUUGAUCCAUGGCAGUAUAGCAACGUUUCUACACCCGGUGGCCAACAACAGUAUUCGUUUUGA